GGUUAUCAGUGCAUCCCGCACUGCUCUGAUCUCAGCUUGAGUCAAUUUCACUGGAAAGUCGACCCUAAUGCUAGUCAUCAAAACCAUUAAAAGAGACCUGCUGAUUUCCAAGUGGAUAUUGAAUCUGGACACAUGCGAGGCACCAAAAGUGACUGUCUGAAUCAAGAUUGAAAUUUCUGUAGCACCACCUAUCUUAAAAGUGUAUUUUUGGUUAGUGAAACUUUACUGUUUUUGUAAUCUAAAUAGCGCGUAAAGAAAACUGACACGAUCUCCAAGAUACUGAACAAUUACACUCCGCAGUGCUUUAAUCACAACUUCAAAAGCCCCUACGGUACUUAUCCUGGGUCUUUUAAAGCCAGGGGGGGCUUUUGCUUGUUGAUGAUCACAAAUGUUAGCGGUGGGGCAGAUGGAUACUAAUCGCCAGAGUGCUUUCGUCUUGGGCAGUACACCGCUGGCAGCUCUUCAUAACAUGGCUGAAAUGAAGACAUCUUUAUUCCCUUACGCUCUGCAGAAUCACUCAGGUUUCAAGGCACCUUCGUUAACUAGCUUGAACGCUCAGUUUCCCUUGGGGACGCCACACGGAAUUAGUGACAUCCUGGGAAGACCCAUUACUACAGCCAGCGGUCUUCUUUCGGGACUUCCUCGGAUAAAUGGACUGACCACUUCAGCAGGAAUGUAUUUUAACCCGGCUACCGUUUCUCGAUACCCUAAGCCCUUGACGGAACUCCCCGGCAGAGCCCCAAUUUUCUGGCCUGGAGUCAUGCAAGGGUCCCCUUGGAGAGAUCCACGACUAGCCUGUCCUUCUCAAGCUAACAUGCUUCUUGAUAAAGACGGAAAGAAAAAACAUUCUCGACCCACUUUUUCAGGACAGCAGAUAUUUGCUUUGGAGAAAACUUUUGAACAAACAAAAUAUCUGGCAGGUCCAGAGAGGGCCCGGCUGGCCUAUUCUUUGGGCAUGACAGAAAGCCAAGUCAAGGUAUGGUUUCAAAACAGGAGAACCAAAUGGAGAAAAAGACACGCGGCAGAGAUGGCUACGGCAAAGAAAAAGCACGAUUCAGAAACAGAAAAAUUAAAGGAGAGCUCGGACAAUGAGGACGAUGAUGAAUACAACAAGCCGCUGGACCCCAACUCUGAUGACGAGAAAAUAACGAGAUUGCUGAAAAAGCACAAGGCAACGAAUCUAGCACUCUUGAGUCCGUGCAGUAACAGCUCGGAUACAUUGUGAUAAACACACACACACACACACACACACACACACGACAAGACUGUACAUAUUCCAAAAUGCUUUUAAAGCUGAUUUAACCAGGGUAUAUGUAAAAAAGGAAAAAAAAAAACAUGCAACUAGGUGUUAUAAGUGAUUAUAUGUGUUGUACAGACUAUGAUGUAUGCGAGAUGUAUAUAUUUUUUACUGAGUUAAGUUAUGGAAUUGAACAGCUCAACGAUACGAAUGACCUGGAAUGCAAUUUAAUCGGUAUUUGUUUUUAAAAUUUCCCAUUCUUCAUUUUCUGUUUUUUUUUCUUUCGCUUUCUAUUGUUUUCACUUUAUUUUACAGAAUUAAAUCACCUAACAAUCAGAUUCAGUUAUUGUGUUUUGUAUAGAUUGAAAUGCAACCGCUUGUAAAAAAAAAUAAAAUAAUAAUAAAUAAAUAAAAAAAUAAAUGUUGUAAAUUUUAAAUGUAAAAAAAACGCGGUUUCAUACUUCGCAACAGUUUAUUAUUAUUAUUAUUAUUUGAAAUAAUUUAUGUUUUGUACCGCAUCAAACAGAAACAGAAAACACAAACUGGAAAUUUGCUUUAUGUUUAAAAAAGAGAAUAUUAUUCGAUAGUUGGGAAAAUACUUCGUAUUAUCAAUAAAUUAUUUAACAACC